CUGCCCUCCUCACCACAACCUCUACCAUCCUCACCAUAAUAUCCUGCUCAUCCACGGCUGCCUUUGUCCUGGAGAUCGACAGCAUUGCUGCUGUCCUCGUCUUUCUUCUCCUCCAGCUCCCCAGCCACCUUGUCUGCCUACAGCAGUUUGGCUGUCUGCCACACCAGGCAGCAUCUCCCCCAAGCUUCCAGAGCAACUACAAGCUACCGCCUUCUACGCUGCCCACCAUGUCGCUCCCAACCCAGUACGAGGGCGUCUGCCCACUAGCCAUGGUCCAGAAGCCCCCAUACAUGUUCCAGGUCGAAGACGCCCCGUCCGUCCCAGGCGAGACCAAGCCCUACCGACACAUGAAGGCCAAGGAUGGUCUAAUCGAGAGACCUUCUCCGGAGGUAGGCACCGUCUACGACAUUUUCAGGAGGAGUGCCAAGCUCUACGCCGACAAGGAGGCCAUUGGCUCCCGUAAGCUCAUCCGCACACACGUCGAGAAGAAAAAGGUGGCCAAGAUCGUCGACGGUGUCAAGAAGGAGGUUGAGAAGGAGUGGACCUACUUUGAGCUUUCGCCAUACAAGUUCCUCACCUACAAGGACUACGAGGCGCGUGCCCUCGCUGUUGGUGCUGGCUUGAGGAAGCUCGGCCUGCAGCCUGGCGACAUCUUGCACUUGUUUGCGAGCACUAGCGCCAACUGGCAAUGUACCGCGCAUGGAACAGCCUCUCAAUCAAUCACCAUCGCGACCGCCUAUGACACACUCGGCUCCGACGCUGUCGAGUAUUCUCUGACUCAGACUGGCGCAAAGGCCAUGUACACCGACCCUCACCUUUUCUCUGUAGCCGGUAAGCCGUUGAAGAACGCAAAGGACGUCCAAUUUGUUAUCUACAAUGACGAUACCACGGCGCCGAUCAGCGACUCCGCGAUGGAGAAAUUCAAGUCCGACCAUCCACAGCUCAAGAUCAUCUCCUACAGCGAGCUUGUCGAGCUCGGCACGGGGAACCCGCUUGAGCCCACACCGCCCAAACCCGAGGAUCUGGCGUGUAUCAUGUACACUUCUGGCUCCUCUGGUACGCCCAAAGGUGUGCCCAUCACUCACGCCGCACUCACUGGAGGAAUCACUGGUCUCUACGAGAACGUUGCCGAAGCCGUGUCGCAUCGCGAAGUCGUCUUGGCAUAUCUCCCCCUUGCCCACAUCCUUGAGAUGGCCUUGGAGAACAUUGUGUUCUUUAUCGGUGGCACUCUCGGCUACGGUUCGCCAAGAACCCUCUCAGAUAGUUCCAUGAAGAACUGCCACGGCGAUAUGAGAGAGCUUGCACCCACGAUUCUUGUUGGAGUUCCUCAGAUCUGGGAGACAAUCCGCAAGGGUGUCGAGGGUAACGUCACCAAGGGUAGUGCAGUCACUCGCAACCUUUUCUGGGGGGCCUACAACCUCAAGAAGCUUAUGGUCGCAACUGGCCUUCCUGGUCAAGGCGUCCUGGACUCUGUUGUUUUCAGCAAAGUUCGCGCGCUGACUGGUGGGCGCCUGCGCUUCCUCUUCAACGGUGCAAGUGGUAUCUCUGACGGUACGCUGCAAUUCAUGAGCAUGGUCCUCGCUCCCAUGAUUACAGGCUACGGCCUGACCGAGACUUGUGCGAAUGGUGCCCUGGGUGCGCCGCUCCAGUGGACCCCAAAUGCCAUUGGCCCCGUACCACCAUCACUGGAGAUGAAACUGGUUGCGCUGCCGGACCUCAAUUACAGCACAGACUCCACUCCUCCGCAGGGUGAGAUCUGGCUACGUGGUGUCCCUGUUGCAAAGGAGUACUUCAAGAAUCCCGAGGAGACUGAGAAGGCAUUCACAGCAGACGGCUGGUUCAAGACUGGCGACAUCGGCGAGGUCGACUCCAAUGGCCACGUCAAGGUCAUCGAUCGUGUCAAGAAUCUGGUCAAGUUGCAGGGUGGCGAGUACAUUGCUCUUGAAAAGCUCGAGGCUACCUACCGCGGAUCGCAGUACGUCAACAACGUCAUGGUCUACGGUGACGGCACUCAACCUCGCGCCAUCGCCGUCGUCGCUCCCAAUGAGAAACCGCUUCACGAGCUGGCCGACAGCCUGGGCGUCGAUCACCACCAGGCCCCCAAGGACCCGAAGGUCAAGGAUGCUGUGUUCAAAGAUCUGAUUGCUACCGGAAAGAGAGCCGGCUUGACGAGCUUGGAGAUGGUCAGCGGCGUCAUCAUUGUUGAGGAGGAAUGGACCCCAGCCAGCGGCCUCGUGACUGCCACACAAAAGGUGAACCGCAGGGCACUGAAGGACCGAUACAUGAACGACAUCCAGGCUGCCUUCAAGUCGUCGUAGACACCGACCUGUAUAGCAGCCCAGGGGCAUCAUCCGGUUUCUGUAUUAUGCCUGAGCCUUGUAUUCUUUUAUUGACCUAUUUCAAGUCACACGAAACUCUAUCAUACAUCCUUGCCCAAAUGGUACAUGUGUUGGUGAAUUAUGCUGAAGU